AUGACUCGCUUUGCCCUUCUGUCGUUGCUGACAGCCGUUGCCAUCGCAGCACCGUUGGAUGAGCGUCAAUCCGGACCAUCCGUAACAAUCGAGAAUGGGACGGUAGUCGGGUCCUCCUCAGAAGGCGUCGAUUCCUUCAAGGGUAUCCCAUACGCCCAGCCCCCGGUUGGAAAUCUGCGUCUGAGACCCGCUCAAUCCAUCACCACGUCCUUCGGCACCAUCCAGGCUACAGGGUCUCCCAGCUCGUGCCCGCAGUUCUUCACGCAGGUCGAUACAGACAACGUCCCUGAGGAUGCCGUCGGCGUGCUCUUGGAUUCGCCGCUGCUGCAAGAGGCCACAAUGUCCUCGGAAGAUUGCUUGACGAUGAACGUGCAGCGUCCAACUGGAACAAACUCAUCCAGCGAUCUUCCAGUACUUUUCUGGUGAGUCGUAGUACAAUCGGCGACCGGUCUGUAGCUCAGGUGCUGAUUUGAUGCAGGAUCUUUGGAGGAGGCUUCGAAUUUGGAUCGACCAGCAUGUACGACGCCAGCUCUAUCGUACAGCAAUCCAUCAAACUCGGUCAACCAAUCAUCUACGUGUCUGUCAAUUAUCGCCUCGGCGGUUUCGGAUUCUUGGCUGGCAGUGACCUUGCAAAAGAGGGCUCCACCAAUCUCGGUCUUCGAGAUCAACGCAUGGGUCUACAUUGGACAGCCGAGAAUAUCAAAGCUUUUGGCGGAGACCCCUCCAAAGUCACCAUCUGGGGUGAGAGCGCCGGCUCCAUCUCAGUGUUCGACCACACCGUCAUCAACGGCGGCGACAACACUUACAACGGCAAACCUCUCUUUCGCGGCGGAAUCAUGAACUCUGGCUCCGUUGUCCCAGCUACAGAUGUCUCCUCCGCGAAACCACAGGCAGUCUACGACACCGUCGUCGAAAAUGCAGGCUGCUCAUCCGCAAGCGACAAACUCGCCUGUCUCCGAAGCACAGACUACACCACCUUCCUCAACGCCGCGAACUCUGUUCCUGGUAUCUUCUCCUACCAGUCCCUCGACCUAUCCUACCUGCCUCGUCCUGAUCCAGGCGACAACUUCUUCUCCCAGAGUCCCGAGAUUUCCAUAAACGCCGACAAUUUCACAAAAGUGCCCCUCAUCAUUGGAGAUCAAGAAGACGAAGGAACCCUCUUCUCCCUCGUGACAGACAACAUCACCACAAACCAGCAACUACACGAUUAUGUGGCAUCCUAUUUCCCCGCCAACCCAACCGUGGACCAGGACGUCACCAACCUGUUGACCUAUUACCCCGACGAACCCCUCGAAGGACAACCAGCAGGCUCACCUUUCCGGACUGGGCCCCUGAAUAACAUCUACCCGCAGUUCAAACGCCUAGCCGCUAUCCUCGGAGAUCUGACCUUCACCCUGGCCCGUCGCGUCUACCUCGAAACCAUCCAGCCCAAACAAUCCCAACCCACCUGGUCCUACCUCUCGUCUUUCUUCUACGGAACCCCCGUCCUCGGCACUUUCCACGCUUCCGACCUCCUCUUCUCCUACGAACUCAUCCCGGGGCCGAACGAAGUCCAAACUACUUUACAGACAUACUACGUCUCCUUCGUCAAUUACCUCGACCCCAACGCGCUGGGAAAUGUGGCGCCGAUGAUUAAUUGGCCACAAUGGACGACGCAGAGUCCGCAGCUGAUGAAUUUCUUGAGCCUCAGUAAUCAGAUCAUUGAGGAUGAUUUCCGGAAGAAUGCUAGUGAUUAUCUGAUGACUUCGCAGGCGAAGUAUAGGAUUUGA